AAUGCGGAGGAGAAGUGUAAUGGUCGGCGAUAGGUACUUUGGAGCGGAGUACUGCUCUUGUUAAAGUUAAUUUUAGGAUUAAAUGUAUCUAUAUCACUGAAAAAAUUUCAAAUCAACAAGAUGCCACCUAAGAAGGCACCGGCGCCGAGCAAAAAAACGGAACAAAAGAAAAAGGAGAAAGUUAUUGAGGAUAAAACGUUUGGUAUAAAAAAUAAGAAAGGUGCCAAGCAGCAGAAAUUCAUUCAGCAGGUUGAAAAACAAGUGAAAUCCGGUGGUGUUAAUCCACGCAAACUUGAAGAUCCUAAUGCAAAAAAACUGGAGAAGGAGAAAAAGCUCAAGGAACAGAAGGAACUAGCACUCAUCUUUAAACCUGUCCAAAUACAAAAAAUAGAUAAAGGUAUAGAUCCUAAAUCUGUCGUUUGUACAUUCUUCAAACAAGGACAAUGUACAAAGGGAGAUAAGUGUAAGUUCUCUCAUGACUUGAGUGUUGAACGUAAAGCUGAGAAACGUUCCUUGUACUGCGAUAUGAGAGAUGACGAUAAGGAAGCAGAUACAAUGGAUAAAUGGGAUGAGGACAAACUGAAAGAAGUUGUAGAGAAAAAACACGGUGGCGGUAUUCGCCCAACAACUGACAUUAUCUGCAAACAUUUUUUGGAGGCAGUAGAAAAGGCCAAAUACGGUUGGUUUUGGGAAUGUCCGUCUGGUCAAAAGUGCAUUUACAGGCACGCCCUACCUCCUGGAUUUGUCUUGAAGAAGGAUAAAAAGAAGGAAGAAAAGAAAGAUGAGAUAUCCCUGGAGGAUUUAAUAGAAAAGGAAAGGGCUAAUUUGGGGCCUCAUCAGACCAAGAUAACACUAGAGACAUUCUUAGCUUGGAAGAAGAGAAAGUUGAAGGAGAAGCAAGAACAGGCGAUCAAGGAUGAGGAGAAGAAGAGAAACGAUUACAAGGCUGGUCGCCAGGUCGGCAUAUCGGGCAGAGAGAUGUUUUACUUCAACCCAGACCUCGCAACCGGAGACGGUAUCGACGACGGAGACGAAGCAAUAUCCAGUUAUGUUCGCGAAGAGGAUGAUUAUGAAGAUAUACAAUACAGGGAACUCGAUAUGGAUCGUCUAGCUUUUGAGGCUAGCGAAACUGAUAGUACGGGUAUCACUGUAGCUGCUGCAGAUCGAUUAAAAGUUAAUAAUGUCGCUGAUGAUGAUAAGAACGUUACAGUGACUGUGGAUGAAGGUGCCGCGGCGUUAGCUAUUAAUGAAAACCUCUUUAUGGAGGAGGACUUGGAAGGUUUAGAGGAAGAAUUGGGGGACCUGGACUUGGAGGAGUAAUCCAGAUGUCCCGAUCGUAUAUCUCUCCUCAUGCCAUGUUGGUUCCGCUCCUCUCAUUCGUGUUUCAUCAACUUCCUUUAAUACGUAUCGCUCGGAUUAACCUCAAAUGCAUUGUACAUGCGCACUUUUCAACGUAUUUACACACAAACAUUGUGUUUGUAUAUUUGAGCAUAUGUACAAAAAACUGGUGUCGCGCGAACCAAUUGGUAUAUUGUAAAUGUAAUAAAAUGAGAAAAUUAAGGAAAGAACAUUGAUACUUACACAUAAAUAUAAUAGAGAGGCGCAAAUAUA